UGUGUUUGCAAAAAUUUCUGUCCCCAUAUCCAUAUUUAUGAGAGUAAAAGAGUGAGCUUGAAUGCUUGAUAUCUGUUAUGAACUGCUGGGUUUGGGCUCAUGUAAGCUUAAGGGCUCUACUAUUGGUACUUAAAAAAAGAAAACUCCCAUCUUUUUACAAAAAGUAGUCAAAACUUGAAAUCAAAUCAGGAGCGGGGGAAAAAGAAAAGAGAGAGAAGUAGGGUUCGAAAAUGGCAGCAGAAUCAUCAGAGGGCGAAGAAGAAACCAAGUUAAGCGGAGGGAGCUUAUUGCUGACCGUUGACGACGACUUAACGGAAAUGGGAAAGAAAGCCGCUUGGAGCGUCAGUUCCUGCAAACCCGGUAACGGCGUUUCCUCUCUCCGUGACGACAAUCUCGAAACCUAUUGGCAAUCCGACGGAGGGCAACCCCAUUUGGUCAACAUUCAGUUUCAAAAGAAAGUUAGACUUCAGUUGAUUGUGCUGUACGUGGAUUUCAAGCUUGAUGAGAGUUACACGCCGAGCAAAGUUUCCAUCCGUGCCGGUGAUGGUUUUCACAACUUGAAGGAGAUUAAGACCGUGGAACUCGUGAAGCCAACUGGGUGGGUUUAUCUAUCCUUAUCUGGAGUUGAUCCUAGGGAUACCUUUGUGAACACUUUCAUGUUGCAAAUUGCUGUGUUGUCAAACCAUCUCAAUGGAAGGGAUACUCACGUGCGGCAGAUCAAAGUUUACGGGCCUCGACCGAACCCUAUCCCACAUCAGCCAUUCCAAUUUACUUCAAGGGAGUUUAUCACCUACUCUUCUAUAAGAUGAGAGUUUAUGGAAGGAAUUGAUGAAGCCACCUAGUGUUAAAUCAAAGGAUGCUGCCCACUAAGUGAUUAUAUCAUCUGGAAGGUCUGAAACCAAAUCACUGCAGACCGAAAUGUCAAAAAUACAUUUCACUUCAAUAUUCUUCUUGAAAAUUGUCAUCAGUAAAUGUGACCAUCAGUGAUUCAGUACCCUUUGUGUCUGGCUAGUAUUUAUAAUUUGUUUAGAUUCAGGGUCUGACUUCCUUGAAGAGUUCUAUAAUUAUUAAUUAACAAAAUGAUAUGUGCAUUGUGUGAAUUUCUAUUUCCUCUUUCUUAUCAUCAUAGUUUCUAUGAAAUUGGCACUAACGCCAUGGUAUUGGUUUAUCUAGUUCUACUGCUGAAGAAUAUAAUCUACAGACGUGUUUUUCUUUUUCA